AUGAAGAAAUCAGAGCCUCAUACUGGUCCAAUUAUGAGUAUUUAUUCUGAGUGUAGAUGUUUUGGAUCGCAGAUCUUUGAGGAUCUCGGUCUAAAGACGUCGACCGGAGUUCAACCAAGCCAGCCUUUUAAUGAUGGGUCUUUGGAAAUUCAACCACCAGAGCUUCUGUGUUUGAAACAUCAGUCUUUGGAACCGCAAUUUUUAGAAGAUCAGUCUCGGGAUACCCAAUCUUUUAGAGGUAAUUCUUUGGAACCUCAAUUUUUGGAAGAUCAGUUUCUGAAAGUGCAAUCUUUGAAAAAUCCCACACCAGAUGAUAACUCUUUGGACUUUCAAAUUGAUGAAGAUCAUUCUUUUGAAGAUCAGACCAUUGGAAUUCCAUAUUCUGAAGAUUUUGGAAUUCCUUCCUCAGAAAUCAGUUGUGUGGAUAAUCUUGGACAAUUGUUUCAAUAUAUGGAAAGACCACAAGCAGAUGUUGAUCAUGUAGACUUUCGUCGUCCUGAAAAAAGUGCCAAUAAAUUUCAGGGCUUGUUGAAUUUUUAUGAUCAGAAAUAUCCAUCAGAUACUUUUAAACCUCAAGCUGUCAGACCAAAAGAAGACAAGCCAAUUAACAAAAUGAGACACUCUUUCUUUACAAAAUUUCCUCUAGUAGUAAUUUUGGCUAUUGGUUAUCUGACGAUUUUCAAUAUUUUUGUGAUGCUUCAUCCCGACUCGUACAGAGAACAAACAAGUGAAGGAGGUAUUCGAUUGGUUGUUCAUCCCCUGUUCGUGUCCAUGUCAAAACCAACACAAAUAAAGUACCCAGGUUUUCGGCCACCGAUAUUAGAAGAUAGAAUAGGCCCUUCUCAUGGUGGAAUUUACUUUGACGUUGAUCAAAUCGCAUUGAAAAGUUUCGACAGAUUUCGACAUCACCAGAUGGUAAUGGCGCACGAAUCUAAAGACAAUCUAGGAAACGCUGUGAUAAUAUCCAAGAAAAUGGCGCCAUUUUUAGACGUCUGGUUCAGAAACUAUAACUCGUACGAUCCUAAACGAUGGGGUUAUCACUCCACGUAUCUGCCAUUGGAACUUUCUAAAAGGUACCCGGACCUAAUUCACAUUGAAAACAGAACGUUUUUUGAUCUGGACUUGUCGAGAAUCUAUGAACUAUACUACGGCCAUGUAGAGUGGUCAGAGAGCACGGCGGUUCACUUGUACGUACGCUGGAUCAAGAAAUAUUUCACAUUGAACGAAUUGCGGACAAUGGACACCAGUAUCGGAGAGAUUGCUAGAUUUAUUAUGUAUGACUCAACUAAAAUUUGUCAGGGGUGA